AGCCAAUCAGAAGGCGCGGAGCGGCGGGGACGGCGAGGGGGGGGGUCAGUGCGCAGGCGCCGGGGGCCGGAGCGGUUGGCCGGUGGAGGAGGAGGGUUUCGGGUUGUUGUUGUUUUGGCGGCGGUGGCGAGGGUGGCCGUGUGGCGGGUGAUUCUCGGCGGCUGGGGAGAGCGGCAGGCAGGGCGAGGGGAAGGGAGCACGUCUGAGGGAGACGGUCGAUCCCCGCGCCGAUGCGAAGCGGAGCCCGGGCUGUGCGGCGGCCACGGCCAUGAACCCCAGGAAUGUCGGCUCAUCCCGGGCGGUGCACGUCGAGUUAACCUCGCAGCAGCGGCGACUUCGACAUCUGCGAAGUAUUGCAGCACGAAAUAUAGUUAACAAGAAUGGUUCCCAUCUUCUGGACACAUACUUCAGCCUACAUCUGUGUGAUGAUAAAAAGAUCUUUAAAGCAUUUUACACCAGUGAGGUCGUAAAGGAUUCUUUGAAUCCAACGUGGAGGAGUCUAGACUUUGGCUUGAUGCCAGAUCGCCUUGAUACUUCAGUUUCGUGUUUCCUGGUGAGGAUCUGGGGAGGAAAGAAGGGACAAUAUCAUCCAAUUAUUGAAUGGCGAGUGAAUCUUGAUGGACUCAAAUACUUGGGUCAGCAGAUUCGGGCACGUAAUCCAAAUGAGGUAAUAUUUGGAUUGAAUGAUGGUUACUAUGGAACCCCCUUUGAUCAUAAGGAUCUCACUGAGAAGAAGAGGACCAGCCUUCUGCAAGUGGACCAGAGUUCUGUGAGGAACUCCUACAGUGUCUUCUCGCUGCUCAGACUUCACACUGCCCAACGUGCAAUAAAACAGACUCAGGUAACCGUUCAAAGAGUAGGCAAGGAAAUUGAGGAGAAGUUGCGAUUAACAGCGUCAACAACAAAAUUGAAAAAGGAACGGGAGCGUUUACAGCUGAAGAUCUUAGUGCUUCGGAAUGAACUCGAGAGACAGGAGAAAGCGCUGGGGCGAGAGCUGGAAAUGUUGCAAAAGGAGCUGCUUGCAUUUCAGGACAAAGAAAAAGUGUUCGCGAGUAAACGACGUUGCUUACAAGUGGAGGACUCGUCUAUGAAUGAAGAAAGGAAAGGGUGUAUAGCAAAAAGAGAGAUGUUCCUGAAGACCAAUGCUCAGCUGAACAUUCGGUGUCGGCAACUGCUGUCAGAACUAUCUUACAUUUACCCUGUUGAAGUGAAUGAUCAGAAGGAUUAUUUCAUGUGUGGAGUAAAGCUACCAAAUUCAGAAGACUUCCAAGCUAAGGAUGAAGGGAGCAUUGCUGUCGCCUUGGGUUACACCGCACAUCUGGUGCUCAUGAUUUCCUAUUUCCUGCAAGUGCCACUCAGGUAUCCGAUUAUCCAGAAGGGUUCCAGGUCCACAAUCAAGGACAACAUCACGGACAAGCUUUCUGAAAAGGAGCGAGAGUUCCCUCUGUAUCCAAGAGGAGGAGAGAAGUUUCAGUUUGAAUAUGGAGUUUAUCUACUAAACAAAAAUAUCGCACAGCUAAGAUACCAGCAUGGCAUGUCCACACCAGAUCUCCGACAGACACUGCCUAACCUGAAAAGCUUCAUGGAACAAGGGCUAAUGGUACGAUGUGACCGGCCUCUCUCCAGUGCCAUUCCCGUACCUCGGAGGCAAACAACCACCUCGUCUGCAGGCUUGGAUGUGCAUGCUCAGAGCAUUGGAAUUUCUUCUCCAGACACAGCUUGGAGGCAGUCACGAGGGAGCUCAGAAGAAGAUCUGCCUCCAAGCUACAAUGCCGCAGUGCGUCGUGCUAUAACCGUUGAGGCACCGUCGGGGGACGCGUGCAAAGUGCGCACCUCUUCGAUGCUGGAAGUGCCCAACAGCUCCUUCAAAGAGGAGAAGGCAGUGUGCAACAGCUUUAAAAAUGGAGUGCACGGCAACGAAAAUGGCAUCGUUUAUGAAGCGGCCCAGUCACAAGCAGUUGCCGCUGAGCUCCCAUCUGAGGUAAAUGGGAUGACUUUGCCCAGCACACACGCAGGUAGGUCCAGUAGCCCGCACUCAGGUGACUUUGGCCACCCCAAGGGUGGAGGUGUCUUCUGCUCUGUGGAGCGGGCUGAGGAGAUCAUAGGAAUGGAAGCCACGGGCUUCAGUUCGGACGAGCAACUGGAAGGGUUCUGCAUUCCCGUUGACCAUGCCGUGGCUGUGGAGAGUGAUGACCAGGUUCUGGGGGAGCUCGACACAGAAGGGUUUGAGGAAUUCUCCAGGAGGAUCUGUGCACUGAACGAGAAUGUCUCGAGCUUCCGACGACAUCGCAAAGGCUCAGAAAAGUGAGACCCUCUGGUCAAGGCAAAGCAUAGACCUGUGAACCGAAAUGGGAGACCAAGUUGCACUUUGUGAGACAGUUUGCAGAUAUGAGAUUAUGGGCGUUGCAUUUCUAAUGGAGAGACUGAGAGAAAACAAAAGAAUCAAUACCUGGAGACUGGGAGAUGGGGCAGAGCAAAUACAUCUAGAUCCAUGGCUUUGCAGAUUGACUUCAUGCUAUCCAUGGCUGCAUGUUUGUAUCAACCAGCCUUUGUAUGCAAAUAAACUUGUAAGCUGCCCAACCUUUUCAACUAAACAGGAGUCAGUCAAUUGGUCACCCCUUUCCCAAUGAACCCAGGACUUUAUUUCUGUGACUGAGAGGAGCAAGGAGCAUGAUGUGGAAGUGUAUGGGAUCUGGCCUUCAGGGGCAUUAACAUUGUCCAACCAGCACAGCACCUAUUCUUCAGUGAAAACCACUUUCAUGCUGAAAACCCGUCAACCAUCAAGAAAUGACAACUCGCUGUGUUUGCCAAGUAAAUUACGUGCAAUGAUACCAAGCAGAAUUGCUUUGAAACGAAGCAAAACUUCUGAACCCCUGAAGAUCCUCAAAGAUGGAAACUUGCUACAGCCCUCUGAGGUUCUGCAGAGUAACUUGUGGUUCAGGUUUAGUUUAUCCUUUUCAAUAGAACUAACUAAAGGUAAUUGGAAAAUGAGUUUAAAAAAAAAUCAGUUGGUAGAAACCACUUUGAGAACGAUUCCUCUGAGAAACUGAAAGCAUCAAGGAAAUAUAGUUUUAAUUUAAUUCGCCGAAUAUUGCUUGCCUACAUUUGCUAUAUUUUGCCUACACAUUGUACAGUCUCAGGUAUCGUUGAGCUGUUUUGAUAAUUGUCUGAACCCUUCCCCUUCACAGCCCGAGAGCUGCCCAGAAACUGAAUACAGGAAAGUGCAUGAAAUGCCCCUUUGCAGUUGAUGAUAAAGGCUGUGGGUGUGUAAUGUUCACUUGUUUGCUGAUUUAAUUGCCGUGAGCUGUUCAUUUUCUUUCCCUUGUUUUUCCCACACAAAAAAAAUUAAAUUGCUUCUGAAUCUAACCUCUGAAAUAUUAGGUCUAAAAUAGCCCAGUAAUUUGUAGUUUGGGAGCUUUUAUUUUGAUGCAGUGGGUUCAGGAAAUAAUAUCUGAAUCUAGCUGAUGGUGCAUUGUCCCUAGCACUGCUGCCUACCUGUGCUACCCAGAGGUGGUGUUGAGUCCAGUACUGCCUUGUGCUUACCUCCUGUACACAGGUGAUACUGAGUUCUGCUGUGCUGCCUACCAAGCGAGUCUGUGGAUAGAAAGCAUUUGUUUCUGGAAGUCUCCCUCAAGAACCUUUUCUUAAAAAUUAUAAUUAAAACGUAAUUUAUGUUGUCCAGUGAGAUUUGAACUGCACAGUAUGUUGUACCAACUGAACUUAAGAUACACUGGAGUAAGUUUGCUAAUAUAGCAAGGACAUUCUUUAGUCAAGAUUAAUGGCUCCUGUUACUUCAUACAACAAAUUUAAUCAAUCUUUGUUUCCCCACAACCUUCCCCCCCACCUUGCAUUAAAAACAACUUAAAAAUAAGUUCCUGAGGAUGAAAAGUCUUAAGUGAGCAAAGCAUUGGGUUGCCAAAAUGUUUGAGUCAGCUUGGAGAAUUGAAUUUAAUUACAUUCAAGUAUUAACUAGCCCUGCAAUCUAUGAACUUUAAUCUCCUCUUCCUCAUUUAUAAUCUGCCAAUACUUUUCUAGCUCAGCUGUCUGGACUGUUUUCAUCCCAGGUUCCAUUCACUGGGUCAAAGGACCCUGUUUUUAAAUAAAGAAAAUAUGAUUUUGUUCUGUACAAGGUUGGGAGGUGCAGAUAAGGGAGUAUGUUCUGCCUGUGGGCAAGUACAUGAUCUCUUGUUUGCAAUUUCAUUUGCCUCUCCCUUGCUAUAGCAUUGUUGAGUCUGAUAGUUCACCACAGCAUUGAUUUGAAGUUGUCAGCCUUCGAAAAGUUGAUUUUUUUUUUUGCUUUAAAAGUAUUGGCAUUAUGAAUGCAGUCAUUUCUUUGUAGUCCUCUAAUCCUGUACGAUUCUGUGGAUUGGCUAUUUGGAUCAAAUUUAAAUGUGUGUGUGUUCUGUCUGAAGGCUGUUUGCUGUGUACCUUGGUGCUCAAGGCUUUCCACGUAACCAUUUGGGCUAAAAUACUUGUUGAUGGGAACUGCCAUCCAACAUCCUUACGUACCGGAUAUUCGUGCUUGAAAUAGAUAUGUGUAUAUCUUGCUGCUGUACAGAGACAAAUGAGUCAGCUGGCAACUGUCUGAGUCAGUUACAUUUUCAGAUCUUUCACCUGGAUGGAAAUGUGACCCAGACUAUUGGCUCAUCCAUAUCUUGGGGAAAGUCAGGCUUCUAGUCUGUCCUGCACUAAGGAUAACUGAGUCUUCCAAAAAGCUACUAGUUCAUCAAAUGACUUAACUACACGGGAACUGAGUGUUGUCUCUUCAGGUUUCUUCAGUGUGAGGUAGGGACUGGAGUUGAGCUCCUUCUCUGCCUUCAUCUACUGGUUCCAAUGUAUUUUGUUUCCAUGUACUUUAAGGGGCAUGCCAAUCUCUGCGGUGUGUGCCUCAAUGCUUGGGAUCAUGCACAGGAUGUGAGCCAGAGUGACAUUGGGCAGACUGGUGCUGAAGUGAGUGUUCAGGCAUGGUCCACACGUCCUGUACUGAAGGCUAAAUUUGAAGGCAGCGGAAACAGUGCAGAAACACUUGGGCACUUUUAUGGAAUGUGUGCUAUCUGCCCUCCAGCACAAGACCAAAACCACCAGUCUGUACAGAUCCAUAUAUCGGGAAAUUAAAAAAAACAACGCUCUGGUCACUUCCCACAAAAACCCUGCCACUUUGUAGUUCUGCAUCCCAUUGUUAUGACGACCACAAGAUAAGGAGUGAAUAUACCUUUUUAAAGUUGAAUAGAUUUGUCAGCAAUGAGGAAAUGUAACCCACGCACUGAUAUUAUUUGAGAAAUCGUCAGAAAUCAUUUGUUAGUUGUGGGUGCCUUCUGCCCAUUGCAGGCUGCAAGACACAGGAGCUGUUGGGCUAAUGCACUGCCGAGAGUAAAGGACUGGCAUCUGGUCUCUGGGAUAGCCCAGAUAAAACUGAAGAUUUCAUCUGUGGUUUGUACCAUCUCUACCAUUCUGUCCUUUGCUGUCACCUACAGCUGUACUGGGGAUCUGUCACCCACAUCCAAGACUGGAGGUUUUUCAUUGCACCACACAGACUGAGAAGUUCCAUGUGUUAGUACGUUGUGCUUACAAGUUCAGAUUCUGAUCAGCUCAUGUUGCUUUUAGGCCCUUACUGAAAGAUGCUUGCCCAUUAUUGACCCACAAUGUAUGUACACAACACAAGUGACAGUUUUUCUCAUGUUAAGACAGUUAGCUCAAAGGAGUAAAUAACGCAUGGAAUUGAAACCCAGUUGGGGUUAGGUUGGAGCCACAAUCUUGUCCAGUUUACAAUGAAGCUGGACGCAAGCUCACACCAUAUUCAGAAGUGGUCAAUGUGACAUGAAAUACAGAACAUAAAAUAGUUCCUUCCUUCACACUUAUCCCUCUUUUUCCUCACUAUCUUUAAAUUUGUCAUUUACCUCGCUUCACACUAGUUUACUGGGGGGAAAAUGAGAGCUACUGGGGGGGAAAAAGGGUAUUGGGUGAAUUGGAUAGGCUGAGUAAUGAGGUGUGGUCACAUGCAUCACUGAGUUCCAAACCUACUAUAAAACAAGACUACUGAGGUAAAUAAAGAGUAGGAGCCCUCAUUCGCGAUUCAAAUUAUACCCCUUGUUUCUUUGGGUUACGUGUGUCACUGCUGCAUUGUAGCUUUCUUUGCUCUUUGUAUCAAUUCUGGUUAAACUUCCACUAAAGUAAUUCAAAAAUAUUAAAGUGUCUUAUUACAAAUACGUCGGGGAUAAUCUUUAGGUGAUAAAUCAUUGAGUCCACUUUUUACUGCCACAUCAAAGAUUUAUUUCUGGUAAAUUGUCUCAGAGCAAAUAGUAUAAUAUCUUGUCUGUCAUGUUGUGUAUAAGGACUAGGCCGGCAGGGUAGAUCUCACACAGUGUAGGGUAGUCUGGUUAAUCUUAUCCUGCCUGCUGUAUAACCAGCCUUGUCCCUCUCCAUAUCAUGGAUACUUUCUGCUAUUUCCCAACCCAGCCUAUUAUGUGUGUGUGCAGCUCCAGACCAGCUUCACCACCAAGCUGCUAAAUAAGGGUAAUGUUUGUUUUACAAGCAGGCUUCUUUUGAUAACAAAAUGACAUAAGGACAAGAAGCAGUGAGACUCAUUGGCUUCAGAAGAAUCGGAAUAUCAGGGAAUUAGUCCAUUGAAGCUCAUUUUUCACAUUGGACCAAACCACAAAAACCUGGUAGUUAUGGGUCAAUAUGUGGGAGUGUUGUCCUUUUGGAGGUUCCACCCUUGUGAUCAGAUGUAAAUCCAUCUUUCUGUUGUGUGAAGUGAAAACAUCUCCCAUCACUAGAGGGAUAGAGCAUGUUCUGCAGUAUUUUGACAUUAUCUAUCCCCCCACCGACAUUGAUAAAUCAACAACUUGAUCAUUAUCACUUUGCUGUGGGCAGGAGCCAACUGCGUGCAAAUUGGCUGCUUUGAUGCAAUGUACUUCCCGUGUCAAUGAUUUCACCCCAUAUGUAUUGCAUUGAUUGUAAUGCACGCUAGGCUACUGAUUUGCUGCUGGCAGUUAUCUCUCUCUCUUCUGCCUUUCUCAUCUGUCACUUUGUUUUCAGACUGAACAACCCGUGUAUCCUCUUGUGUAGAUUACAGCCUGUGGAGGUUAAGCCUCAUGCCCUUUAGAUGGCCCUUCUGCAGGGACUUGAACGGGUUUCUAGCUACAUUGCAUCCUGACACUGUGCGCAGUGUAGCAACUCCCAGUCAAACCAACCCCUGCUCUUUGGUAUCAGUAAGCUGACUUAAGCCGUUGCUGUUUUACUCUUGUACAUAAAAUUACACCCAGGUGAGUUCCGUUAAUAAGUACAAGGCAGUCAGAUAAUUUUGAAGAAUAUUCCCUGGAUUACCAGUGGGCUGAGUUACAGAAUAACAGAAACAGAACACAGAGCAGGUCAGUUGGUUCCUGAGAGAACAGUUAGGUGGUGCAGUCCCGUUAGUGACUAUAGCAAAACAUGAAACUGUUCUCAUUGUUAGGAUGUCGAUUGUUUGCAAGCAUUCCAGUCUUUGGGUUUUGUACGGUGCUGAGUGUCCCUAGUUUAGAAGCUGCAGUUACUAGCAGUUCCGACAUCUGACCUAUUGCUUAGCUGGGUUAUUUGGCACUGAUCCUGUCUCACUGUUACCAUUCUCCUGGAGUUGGUCUAUUCCAACGUGGGUCCAGUGCAGGGUAGUUAACUCUGGUUGGAUGCAUUCUGGGUGAUGUCAUCACAUGACCUCCAAUCCCACACUUUUCCCACCAACCCCAUUGGCUGCCUGUCACUUCCAUGCCUACAAGGCAUUGCUCUUUCCAAAGCCCAAGCAAAAAGCUUGCACAAUUUCUCUUACCUGACCUUGACCCCUUGAUGCUCAUCUGCAACAAUUAGUUCAAACCCCUUUGACAUUUUUUUUUGCUGGAGAUAAAGUUUAGAUAUUUAGUCUUGGUGAUACAAGGACAACUAUUUUUGACACUGAUCAACAUUUGGUGAUUCACUUCCCACCAUGGACUUUGGUUUCAUUUCAUCUCAUGCACUGAAUUCAUUUUUGACACUUUGAAAUCGUUGCACUCUGCUCUCCCCCUCCCUCUGUCCCUUCACAAUUAAAACUCCAGCCUCCUGGCUGGUGGUUCCUCUGCAUUUGACAGUUCCCCGAGUGUGAGCGCAGUCAAGACAGACCAUCCAGUCCUCCUCCGAGCAGUUGUACUGCCAGAGCUGUCAUCCUCAUUGCUCUACCUGACUUGUAAACAUUCCUCUAAACACCACCUCGAUAUGUGUGAGAACUAACUCGCCAAUCUGAGGCUGACUUGGUGAAAACCUUCCCUUUGUUUUGUAACAUUGAGAGUGAGGGAUGAGAUCUGGAUGGGUCUUGGAAUGCAUCGGAACGUGGGAACCCCGGGGGAUGGUUGGGUCAUUCUACAUACAAAACUGGAAGAUGCAGUUGCUCACUUGUCUCUGGAUAGCAUGGAGGCAAAAACACGUGGCAGUGUCAUAGUGUGCUGCCUCAGUUGCAUUCUUAAGUGAUGCCACGCUGCUGUUUAACAGCUGGAAGAGCUUGAAACCCACAUGGAGGUAACCCAGUGGUCAUGAACUGAUUAGUGCACUCUUAGCAAUGACGAUGUGUUGAUUCCGAAUCUUCUGCAGACCUGACGUGCCUGUUUAUCACAGGGUGCCUCAGGGAGGCAGAGACGAAGGCCAUGGAACAAUAUCCAAGCAAGUAGGGUUUGGUUCAAAGUUUCUCCAUUCAAUUACAGUGGCACAAAGUUUGCCAGAAUCACUGCUGAACCGUUUGUAGUUAUAUGCACCCUUCCCUCACUUUGGUAAACCCUUUUUUUAAGGUCAAUAUUUAUUAAAGAAAAAAUAUGCAGCGUUUAUUUAAAUAGUUACUCCUGCAAGCAGUAAAAGGCUGUAAUCAUUUGCAACUUGUAUUCACAUCCUUGCUAAUGAUUCAAGUGUCAAUGAAAAUCAUCUUG